AUGAAGGCUCUGGGAACAGAUGGGAGCGACUAUAAUCAUAGGCAAAAAAUUGCAACACAUUACCAAGUUAGUGCAACAAAUAAAUCAAGACUGAAGUAUUGCAUAUUUUUUCACUACUUAUUAUUUUUUGUUAUGCUUGCUAAACUUUCUGCAGAUAUAUUAGAUUAUCUAGAUAUAUUCAUCUUAGAAGUAGAAGAGCUACAAAUACCACAGCCAUUAUGGUGGGAAUAUAUAUGGUGCACUAGUUUGUUAUUAUCUUUUCUUGCUCUCUCAGCAAUUAAAAAAAAUAAAAUUAGAACAUUGCAAAAAUAUACGAUAGGUAUCGUUUUAUUAGGUCAUGGUCCAUUGAUAUAUGCUACUGUAUAUUACUUUAAGGAUGUGUGGACAUACUUAACUGUAGGUGAAUCUGAAGAUAUUUAUUUGUGGCAGGGUUUACCAUAUGGCAUACUUUGGUAUGCAUUUAUUCUUCUAGCCUCACAAGUCCAUUGUUUCUCUUUAUACUUUUCUUGGAAUCUGUUGGUUGCCUGGAAAAUACGGAGUGCUAAAAAAAUGGACUAAACCCUAUAGUCAACUAUGGACCUUGUCAAGUUUGAUAAGUUAUAGAUAUAUUUCGGAAUGUGAGCAUUCAUAUUUAUGUGGUUAAUAUUAAAAAACAAAGAUAUAUAAUUGUUAUAAAAAAUGGCAUUCAAAAUGUGUGAAAAAUAUAUGUAAUAUGUAUAUAAGAGAGAGAAUAUCAAUGUGUACUUUUGUAUAUAAGAAAAAAUAUAUACAAAUUAAUUAGAUUUAUAUUUUUUCAAA